AUGGAGCGAGGCCUUCAUCAGGCUAUAGCCCUCGCCUCAAUGACCUUGCUCUUCACUACUCACCGCGCCAUCAUGAACAGCGGCUUCAUUCUAAAGCGACGCGGCAUUUCUACCGAUACACUGGUCGUAUCCAUGAUUGGACUUCUCACCUGUGUUUGGACUGGAAUGGUCGUGCUUAGUGGCCUCCAACUUGAUGAUCGACCAUGUCGGCAAGGCUUUUCACAGUGUGCCGCACGCUUGUCUUAUGCCCCAUUCAUUAUGCUCAUUCUCUUCUUCUUCUGGAUUAUUUCAUACGUCGACCAAGUUCUCCUCACGCGGAGCAAGUGGGACAUACAACUAUCUCCUCAGGGGUCGCGAUCGUCGUCAAAUCAUUCUGAGGAUCACAUCGAUCUCGAAUCGAGGACGAAAUUGCACUCUCACUUCGAGUGGCUGCACCAGGGAACUUCCUGGUUGCGGAUCAAGGUGCCACCAUUUCACCUCGGAGUUUGGCGCAUGUCAUGCACCCAGGGUCCACUCAAUUGGAGAGCGUCUAUUUUCUGGCCAUACCGGCUCUGCCUGUACGCAACCAUGUUCUGUGUUGUGGGCGUGAUUUCGUUUGGCGCCGUCAGCCAAAAGCUCUACACAAUUGCACUGUUGAACGUCGUUGGCGUGAUUCUCUUUGCGGUUGAUGCGGCUGGCUCCAACACUUACAUGAACGCUCCUCACAUAUACACCCGCGAUAGCCUCCGAAUUAUGCUGCAUACUCGUCACCUCGAGGGACAUUGCUAUGUACUCCCUUGCCGUUACAGAGGCUUUGACGCCAAGUGGCAGGACGAUGGCGGUUACCGUAGUGGCAGGCUACCGCGAAUGGAUAAGGUCAUGGCCGACUUCCACUCAAGGACGAUCAUGAGCGAUGAUGACAUUUUCGACCUUGCUAGCUGGCUGUAUAUACCCGAAGACGAUAACUACCGAACGAUGCGUACACCGGUCUGUGCGAACAAAAAGGAUACGCUGAAAAAUGAUGUCCAUCUGAUUGCCAGCAGCAUCAUGUUGGCACUCUGGCAGGCAGAAUACCUAGUUAUGAUGCGCAAGAGGGUUCUCGAGAAGAGACGAUCAGACCUUGAUAUUCUAAUGGGCACAUUGAGAUCAGCUAAGGGCUCGGGCCUCAACAUGAAACCGCAGAAGCAGAUUGGAAGUGGAGAUGACGGCAGGGCUGGAAUAGGCGGAUAUCGAGAAGCAGUCGCCCACGUCUAUAAGCUCUUUGGCCGCUCAGCUCCGGCUGAGGACGACGAAGUAAUGGCGCCCACAUCAAAGCCCCCAAGAAAGAGCGUCGUAUCCGAGCUCAUAUAUCCUGACGACAUUAUAGAGUAUACAGGUGCUCUCUGGACAUAUUGCUUCCAGUCUCAAGAGUCGACAUUUGCUGCCUUGUUUGCCUUUACUAUGUAUUGGCAAGCUGAUAUUGGUACGGACAUCAGUCGGGGACGACACGGGUUCCCUUUUGAAGAUGUUGACAGAGAUGGUGAUAUUGUAACCUGGCACAUCAUUUGGAGACAAGCUUGGUAUCAAGCCAUUGUUGCACAACUGACUAGCAUGAGUCCGAUUAUUUUCAGUGCAUUUAUUGCUGGGAUCUUACAAUAG